AUGGUGCAUGUCCACCUGGGAGAACGGAGCGUCUGCUGCUCCAUUGGAAUAGGCGGUUCUUUUGCUUCGCAGUUCAUUACUAAACAGCUAGGGCCAGCAGCAGACUCCCUCACAGCGGCUGCUUCUGGCCCUGCUGCUACUGCUGCUCCUGCUGGUGCUGCUGUGGCAAAAGAGCAGGCAGGUACACACCUUCAGAAGAUCGAAAUUAGGGACAUAAUUCGUCGAUUUUCGGAGCUUUUCGUCUCCCAGGGAAGCAAUCCGGCAGUUGUCUUCCACCUUCAGCCCGCUACAGCAGCAGCAGCAGACGCAGCAGGAGCAGGAGCAGCAGCAGCAGCAGCAGACAUGCAAACCAACGAUGAGGCUGCAUACAUCUCCGCUUGGCCUCUCGGGGCCCCAGAGAUGCUAAGAAGACAGCUGGAGCUCCGGGGGGAGAAGCUGGAAAAGGCGCAGCUCCAAAGUGCUUCAAAGGAUUCUGUUCUCCUCGCGUCUUCCCUCCCUGUAUGGAUUUUGCACUUCAGCCUCUGCGUGAAGAAGUCAUUGCAGUGGUUUGGGAGGCGAGGAGAGGUGUGUAGUUUGUUCGCUUACCCGUAA